ACGUAUCGGAAGGAAGCAUUCGGAUGCCAUGUAUAUCGUACCUCUAUAAAUCGUUAAGUGACAACCUUCCUGUGAAGUUUCACAGGUGAUCCUUGAGUCUCUUCAAAGUAAAACGCAACAUUAACGGUUCAUAAAUACGAGAACUUUAUUUGCCUCUCUUGUUCCCAAUUAAUUUAUAAAUUACACAAUUUAGCAAUUAAGACGCAAAAGAGUAUUAUCUGAGAAAUUUCUGUCGUGAAUUUCGUUUACAUUACUUAAAUUCGACUAAAUUCAUUAAAUUGAACUUGAAGUGAUGAUGAAAAUUAAGUUGCGUGCUUGUAAGACAAAUGCAAAAAGAAUCAGACAAUUCUAUUUUCAUAGAAUACCUUCGCUAAAUUAAACUCGAGAUAUUUAUGAUACUUGGUUCUCCAAUCGGAAAAUGGGACGAGGAAUAAUCGCGCCAAAUUUUCACCUGAAGCUGAGUCUAACAAUCAUCUACUUCCUGGGCACGUGGCCACCAGCCACGGGUAAGUUUCGGUUACUCUAUUUGCUUUACACCGCCUGUUGCCUCAUCUUCAUGCUGGGUAUCCUGCUCGCUGCCGAGAUAGCGAAUGUUCUUGUACACUGGGGAGAUAUGACAAAAUUCGUCGCGGUAGCGACUUUGUUGAUGACGAAUAGCAGCCACGCUUCGAAGGCGCUUAUUCUUCUUCGUCGUCAAACGCGAAUCCAGGCGCUCCUGGACACGGCCAACAGUCCAGCGUUCAGUCGCUACGACGAGGAAUAUCAGGAUAUACUCGUAAACUAUACAUGGAAGGCUAUCUUUCAUCACGUGGUUUAUCAGAGCUUCGGCGGAAUCGCAGUAUUCUGUUGGGGUUUUACUCCGAUCUCCGAUCUGAUCGCCGGUCGUUCGCGUCGAUUGCCCAUGGAGGGAUGGUAUCCCUACAACGUGACGGCGACGCCGGCCUUCGAGAUCACUGCGGCGCAUCAAGGCAUCGCCAUCAUAAUCGCUUGCUUUCACAAUGUGGCGAUGGAUACACUGAUGACGGGCUUGAUCGCGGUCGCCUGUUCCCAGCUGGCAAUCUUAGAGCGCAACAUCACCUCAAUUAACAAUGAGGGAAACAUCCGUGGAAUGCGGAAUAACGAUACGGGCAAGUCGCUUGCGAUGGAAAAGACAGUCUUGUCCUAUCAACUGCUCAAACGAUGCGCUGUGCACAGUAAUAUAAUAUUUGAUUUCACCAGUGAGAUUCAAAACAUCUUUGGCACCGCAAUCUUCUUCCAAUUCCUCUCGAAUUGCAUGAUUAUUUGCUUGAUCGCCUUCAAUGUGUCGCAGAUGAAAGUUUACAUCCCGGCAGUGCUGAUCGGCAUGUUGACAUACAUGUGCUGCAUGACGUAUCAGAUAUUCAUCUACUGUUGGCAUGGUAAUGAAUUGCAUCUGCAUAGUAUGCGUUUAGUCACGGCCGCAUAUUCAAACAACUGGUUCUCCAACACCGAAGAAUUCAAACGCGGCCUUCAAAUCAUUAUGACAAGAGCUCAUCGACCGCUCACUUUGAGUGCCGGCAGGGUCAUGACACUCUCUUUAGAUACUUUUGUACAGAUAAUGCGAACAUCCUAUUCAAUUUUUACGGUACUUCAAGGUUCGGCUGCUUAAUUCGACGACAUUAAAUUUCGUAAAUAUAUAUUUUCUUCAAAACUACAAAGAGUAACGAAUUAAUUAUAAAUAUCUUAGUUCUAUUCAACAAUACAUUAUUACGUGUAUAAAAGUAUAUAUAAAGUGUUUAUAUAAAAAUA